AUGGCAUUCAGAUCCCCACCCAAGACCCCUGCAUCGGCCUUCCGCAGAUGGGCCGCCGCCGCCGCGAGCUGGGCCGGGCGCCGCGGCGGCGCCACCCGCAGCGACUCGAGGUGGGUCGUGCACAGUCGCAGCUGCAGGCGGGUGAGCGAGGUGAGCGGGAGGGUGUGCGGGAGGAGCAUGCAGGUGCCUGAUGGACCGUGGACCGUGUGGGCCCUCGCGCACCCAGGCGGCGUCCUUGAUGAGGGUGAGGUCGGACCUUGUCAUCUCGUUGAGCAUGACGACGCUGGGGAGGUCGGGCUUGGCGGCGACGAGGCCGUGCAGGUGUUUCAGCGCCGCUGCCAUGCGCGCGUCGUCCUCGGGCCGCAUGAAGUCGAUGUUCCAGGAGAGCACGGCGAACUGGAACGAUCGCGGCGUUGUGGUGGGCCCCCCGGGAACCGCUGGCUCCGGCGGCUGGACCGGGCACCAGAGCCCGUCCCGGAAGGUGUGGUACUCCUGUGGUGCUAG